GGAGAAGCGAAAGCGGCUCGUGCGCGGCGGGGGCGGCCUCCGGGCCCGGCCGGGAUGUUCGCGGCGGGGCUGGCUCCCUUCUACGCCUCCAACCUCAGCCUCUGGUCGGCCGCCUACUGCUCCUCGGCCGGCCCGGGCGGCUGCGCCUUCGCGCUGGACCCCGCCGCCGGCAAGAAGCCGUCCUUCUGCAUCGCGGACAUCCUGCACGCCGGCGCGGGGGAGCCGGGGGCGGCCCCGGAGGGCCUGGCGGGGGCCUCGGCCGCCGCGCUCGCCGCGCACUUGGGCUCGGUGCACCCGCACGCCUCUUUCCAAGCGGCCGCCAGAUCCCCGCUGCGGCCCACCCCGGUCGUGGCGCCCUCGGAGGUCCCGGCCGGCUUCCCGCAGCGCCUGUCCCCGCUCUCGGCCGCCUACCACCACCACCAGCCCCCGCAGCCGCCGCCGCAGCCCCCGCAGCAGCCCCGGGCCGGCGCCCUGCAGCCCCCAACCUCGGGGACGCGCGCGGGCCCGAACCCCCACCACAGCGGCUCGGCCCCGGCCCCCUCCAGCAAAGACCUCAAAUUCGGCAUCGACCGCAUUUUAUCUGCGGAAUUUGACCCGAAAGUCAAGGAAGGCAACACGCUGCGAGACCUCACGUCCCUGCUCACGGGCGGGCGGCCCGCGGGGGUGCACCUCCCGGCCCUGCAGCCCUCGGCCGGCCAGUUCUUCGCGUCUCUGGAUCCCAUUAACGAGGCUUCUGCCAUCCUGAGUCCCUUAAGCUCCAACCCGAGAAACUCAGUGCAGCAUCAGUUCCAAGACACGUUUCCAGGUCCCUAUGCUGUGCUCACUAAGGACACCAUGCCUCAGACGUACAAGAGGAAGCGCUCGUGGUCGCGCGCUGUCUUCUCCAACCUGCAGAGGAAAGGCCUGGAGAAAAGGUUUGAGAUCCAGAAGUACGUGACCAAGCCGGACCGAAAGCAGCUGGCGGCGAUGCUGGGCCUCACUGACGCGCAGGUCAAGGUGUGGUUCCAGAACCGGAGGAUGAAGUGGCGGCACUCCAAGGAGGCCCAGGCCCAAAAGGACAAGGACAAGGAGGCUGGCGAGAAGCCCCCGGGCGGAGCCCCGGCUGCGGAUGGUGAACGGGAGGAGAGGAGCCCCAGCCGCUCCGAAGGCGAGGCCGAGAGCGAGAGCAGCGACUCCGAGUCCCUGGACAUGGCCCCUAGCGACACGGAGCGGACUGAGGGGGCUGAGCGGCCUCCGCACCAAACAACAGUUAUUAAGGCCUCGGCCCCCGGCGUCCUCAUCGCCGGCAGCGGCGGGAGCGGAGGGAGCAGCGCCGGCGGCGGCAGUUUUAGCUUCGGCAGCGCCAGCAGCCUCAGCGGCGGCGGCACCGGCACGGGGAGCACCUCGGAGCUGCUUCCCGCGCCCCAGCCCGCUUCCGCGAGCGCUCCCAGGAGCCCCGAGCCAGCGCCAGCCCCGCUGGGCGGCUUAUAGGCUGGACUAGGGCGGAGCAGCCCCGGGCCCGCGUGCAGCCUCCUGUCCGCCGGUGGAUUUUUGGCCUACUUUAUUCUGGCGGCUGCGCCAGGGCUGGGGACGCAGCGGGGAACGUCUUUCCUGACGUUCACACGUCCCCCUCGCCCCUCGAUGCCCUGGCUGGCUGGCUGCAGCCCAUGCGGCCCAGAGCGGAGGGGACUCUGUGUCCCUUUGCCAAAGGCUCCCAUCGCCAGUCGAACACUUUUCUCUGGAUACAAGCGGCUCCGCCUGCGCUGCGAAGUGUUAAAGGAAACCAUGCCGCCCCGCGCUUGGGGUCGUGGCGCAAAGGGGCGCUGCACUUAGGAAGCCUUAAACUUGUAAAUAAAAUGUUUAUUACAGUUUGUAAA